AGAGAUUUUAAGUAAUAUGAACAAUUUAUUGUGUUUCAGUAAGUUACUUACACAGUGUCUACUUGGAAGUGGUGUGUUUACUUUGAAGUGCCGAGAUGAGCCAGUCAAACAGUCGAGGGAGGACUAUAAAAAGGCCAAAGAGUUAGAAGAAGCCAGGAAAGCAGGUAGCGAACCUGCCAUGAAAGAUGAAAUGGGAAAAGACAUCAAUCCUCAUAUCCCACAGUAUAUUAUGCAAGCACCCUGGUACAUUGGGGCAGAACAAGCUACAUUGAGACAUCAGAGGUCUUCUACGUCUGAGCACAAGAAAGCGUCAGAGUAUGCAAAGAUGGGUGAAUGGUUCAAAAAAGGCAUCAAAGAGGGCCCAGUUGCUACAAAGUUUAGAAAAGGAGCAUGUGAAAACUGUGGAGCCAUGACUCAUAAGAAGAAAGAUUGCCUUGAAAGACCACGAAAGGUUGGUGCCAAGUUCACAGGAUCAGGUAUAGCUCCAGAUGAGCACAUUCAGGCAGAUCUCAAAUUUGACUAUGAUGGUAAGCGGGACCAUUGGAAUGGCAUGGACAUGGACAUACAUCAGCGUGGUGUGCAGGAGGAGUUUAAACAGCUUGAACAAGCCAAACGUGCCCUUAAAGAACAGACACUCGAAGAUGCUCUACAAUCAGGCAAGGUUGACAAAUUGAAAGACAAUGAGGAUGGCCCUGAUGAUGAACAUAAAUAUAUUGAUGAUUUAGACAUGCCCGGGUCAAAAUUUGAAACAAAAGAACGUAUAACUGUAAGGAACUUGAGAAUAAGAGAAGACACUGCAAAAUAUUUAUAUAAUCUCGACCCAAAUUCAGCAUAUUAUGAUCCUAAGACAAGAUCUAUGAGGGAGAACCCAUUUGCAGGAAAACAGGCAGAUGAGGUACCCUAUGCAGGGGACAACUUCAUUAGAGUAUCUGGUGAUGCUCACAACCUGGCUAAACGUCAAGUGUUUGCAUGGGAAGCUUACGAGAAGGGAGCUGAUGUUCAUGUUCAAGCUGACCCAACAAGGCUGGAGAUGCUCAAUAAAGAGUUUAAAACAAAGAAGGAAGACUUUAAAGAAAGUCAAAAAGAAAGUAUACUGGAUAAAUAUGGUGGUCGAGAACAUCUGGAUGCUCCUCCCAAACAACUACUCUUGGCCCAAACUGAAGACUAUGUAGAAUAUUCCAGAACGGGAGCUUUGGUAAAGGGACAUGAGAAAGCCAUCAUGAGAUCACGUUACGAAGAAGACAUAUUGUUGAACAAUCACACAGCAGUUUGGGGAUCAUUCUGGCGAGAUGGCAGAUGGGGCUAUAAGUGCUGCUACUCAUGUAUCAAGGAGUCAUAUUGUACAGGGGAAAAAGGCAGACAGAUUGAAAUGGAGAGUGUAGAGAAUACAGCAAUGGUUGCAGUAGCAGAUGCCGAGCCUGACAAAACACUACUUGAAAAACAUCAAGACAAGCAGGAUGAUAAGAGGAGGAAACGUAAGAAGAAGGAGAAGAAAAGACGUAGGAAGAAACAGAAGAAGGAAGAAAGUAGUAGUAGUAGUAGCAGCAGUAGUUCAGAGAGCGAAUCUGACAACGAGGACGAAAUAAAUGAGGAGAAACUUAAACAGGCAAUAGAAGAUGAGAAAAAACGUCAGAGGAAAGUUGCUGAAUAUCUUGCAAUGGAUGAGAGGAAACGUCCAUAUAAUAGUGGCACGUAUAACUUUAAAGAACCUACAAAAGAGGAAAUGGAAGCCUAUAGACUUACACAGAAAAACCCAGAUGAUCCAAUGGCCAAAUUUUUAUAGCAGUGAUUCUUCUCAUGAACAGAGUUAAGUUUUAGACG